AUGAAGGUAUGCAGCAGAUAUUAUCUGGUACCAGCUGUGGUACCCAAUCCAUUGCCUCCAACCAUGGAGGAAGAAUAGCCAUCAUGGCUCAGAUGUUUGUGUUCCUUUUCCCCCCAUGAAAAUGUCUCCAAUAAAAAAAUCUCUUGUUUUAUUAGAUUUUGGUAUGAAGUAUUAUGUGGUGAAGGAAAAAUGAGCUGAGCAAUUUGGGCUAUUCCCUUCCCCUGGGGCAGUGGUCCCUCACUUCCUCCUCUUGGUCCGUGCUCUGCAUUCUGUGUGCACUCCAAAGGCCAAGGUAACGAAUUAGGACCCGAAGGAGAGGGAGCUGGCAGACUGAAUGGGUGGGAGCAGAAAUGCUGCUUCAUUUUGGGUGCCGAAGAAGCACCCUAUACUGUACAGGGAAUAUUUAAAAAGGACUGGCAUCUUCUUUUGGUAUUUGGAAUACUAGGCUCAUAGGGGGAAAUCUGAAAGACAUGAGCAAACCAGUGAUGUAACCAUUAGCAGCCAAUAUUUCCCUCUCUUCCAGAUUUCCUUCUGGGACUUGCUUCUCAAGGAACAGGGGAAUCAACAGUCAGGAAGGAAAACUGACAUCAAAGGGAGCGGGAAAGGGCAACAUCAACUCAGAGGGUUCUCAUUCAGUGGGUGGAGCCAUCUGCAUCUGGUAAUCUUCAGACAAGACCACGACUCGAGGGGCCUUGGGCUAAUAACAGGAAUUCUCCUCUAGCUCACAGCCUCUUCCUCUUCCUCCCAUCACCGCAAGGUCUGCAUCAAACUGGCAUUUGCAGUGGCUGACACAAGCUGCCUGUGUUUUCUUAUUUUUGUUAUUUUUGAGAGGAUAUUUUAGCACUGAACGCAUUCCCUCCUGUUGCCAUGGCAGCCGUGACAGGGGUUAUAUACCGUGAGAAAAAUACCAAAAUUAAUGAGUGAGUGAAAGUGCAGCAGAGAGAAAAACAAGGUUAAAGAAAGAGUUAAAACAGUAAUAAAAACAACCUCUUGAUAAUUUGGCAGAAUGUAUCCUACAGGCAAGGAGAGAGAGAGAGAGAGAGAGAAAGCUUUCCAGGGAAGAGCAUACAUCAUGGCCUCCAUGAAAAGCCCAGUGCGACAGGAAUCACACCUACACAAGAACACCUUCCUGGUGCCACUCCAAUAUGUGAGUGAUGCUGCAAAAAACAGAAACAAACAAACAAAAAACCCACCACCCCAAAUCAAUGCAAAACCUUCUCUCCUGACAACCCCAGCCCAAGGUCUCACAAUGUCUGGCACCCUUCUGACUAUAACCUGGACUCAGGAUGAUGCCACACCCCAAAUCCAUGUGAAUAUCAUACAAGAAUAUCAGCACAUGCAUUCUAUCUGAGGACCCCAAACUGGCACACUUCCUGCCUAUACUUGCUGAUCAGUAUGGCAACUCUGAGAUUGUCAUCACAAUCAACACCCAGGAAUUAGCACUGUGUCUUUGAACCACCACCAUAACAUUGUCUAUUUCAUGUCUAUUCCCCAGCCCCCUUAGUGUGAGCCCCCUCCCCAAUCAGUGGUUCCUUUCUGCCCACCCAUUUGGUACUGUCAGUUCUUAAAAGCAGCCCAGGCGGUCCUCAUAUCAGCAGAGCAUCUUCCCAAGUGUGCCCUAGAUACUAUUAGAACCUGGCUUGAAAAACCAACACUGCUCUCAGAUCUAGCAUGGUGCCCAGGCUGCCACACAGAGACACCCAUCUUUGUUUUGCCUUGUAUUUGUUUGCAGGAGCAAUACUGUAUGGGGGGAAGAGGGAAAAAAGCCUAGAGUCUUUCAUGUUGCUCAUUUCCUCAUGUUUGUUUUUCAGUGCCUUUUGUUUUUAAUUGUAGGAAGGAGAGAAUUGUCAGAACAUCUGUGUUAUUAGCAUUAGCUGCCCGAAUCCUCUCCCUCCCCCCUCCUGUGGAGCCCAGAGCUGAUGAGAGAACAGAGGAGCCUUUGAAACAGCUCACAGCAACCAGCAGCCAGGUUUGCAGCAUUUGUGUUGGGGGAAGAGUAUUUAUUCUCAUGUAA